UCGAGAAGGGAAACACAAGAGAUCGUAGAUUUAAAGGAGAAACAGUACUAAGUUUUUAGUCCUGCAUUUAUAGUCAAACGAGAUUUUAUAUUUGUUCACUCAAUAUUUUUUUCGUGUUUGAUUAUAGCGCGACAACUGUGCGCUAAAAUCGUUCAGGUUACAUUUUAAAGGGGUUGGGGAGGGGGGUUAACAUGUCGAUCCAGUACGAGGCACCGCUGGCUGACAGUUACGGGGUAGCGGACUCGUUCCCCAAAGACUUCGGAUAUGGAGAAGAGGAGGGCGACAUCGAGGACGGCUCUACAUCCUCCGACAGCAAACCGAGGAUCCUGCUGAUGGGGUUGCGCAGGAGCGGAAAGUCGUCUAUUCAGAAGGUGGUGUUUCAUAAAAUGUCCCCCAAUGAGACCCUGUUUUUGGAGAGCACCAACAAGAUCUACAAAGAUGACAUCUCCAGCAGCUCUUUUGUCAACUUUCAGAUCUGGGACUUCCCUGGACAAGUCGACUUCUUUGACCCGACCUUUGAUUAUGAGAUGAUUUUUAGAGGAACCGGGGCCUUGAUAUUUGUCAUCGAUGCACAGGAUGACUAUGUAGAGGCCCUUGGUCGGCUCCACCUAACCGUGUCACGGGCGUAUAGGGUAAACCCAGAAAUCAACUUUGAAGUGUUCAUCCAUAAAGUUGAUGGCCUGUCUGAUGACCAUAAAAUUGAGACCCAGAGGGACAUACACCAGAGGGCUAAUGAUGACCUUGCAGAUGCCAGUUUGGAGAAACUACAUCUCAGUUUCUAUCUAACAAGUAUCUAUGAUCACUCCAUCUUCGAGGCAUUCAGUAAAGUGGUGCAGAAGCUCAUCCCUCAGCUUCCCACACUGGAGAACCUUCUCAACAUCUUCAUAUCUAAUUCAGGGAUUGAAAAGGCCUUCCUGUUUGACGUCGUCAGUAAGAUUUACAUCGCCACCGACAGCUCACCAGUGGACAUGCAGUCCUAUGAGCUCUGCUGUGACAUGAUCGAUGUGGUCAUUGACGUCUCCUGUAUUUACGGUUUAAAGGAGGAUGGCAGCGGCAGUGCAUAUGACAAGGAGUCUUUGGCCAUCAUCAAACUCAAUAACACCACAGUGCUCUACCUGAAAGAGGUCACAAAGUUCCUCGCUCUAGUCUGCAUACUGAGAGAGGAGAGCUUUGAACGGAAAGGACUGAUAGACUACAAUUUCCACUGUUUCCGGAAAGCCAUUCACGAGGUGUUCGAAGUGGGUGUGUCCACCCCAAGAACAAGCAACCAGCCAGAUGGCACUCCUCUGAAGACUGUUGCCUUAAAUGGCACCCCCUAGGAGCACUGUGUAGAUGGAUGGAGAUUAAGUAAAUGAGAGUGUAGAGUCGAUGGGUAAGGUUAAAAAACAAAGAGAGAGAGAGAGACUACAGGAUGGGAUGCAUACUGAGGCGGGUGACCGCAAUUACUGCUCCCAAAAGCUUCAAAAGCAAAGCAGAAGUCCUGAAAUUCACUGGGGGAAAAAACUUGCUGCAGUGGGCGGGGCUGAUGCUGAAAUAUAACAUGGAUAUGCAAAUGCAAAGCAACAGAAGGAUGUAAGGGAAUGGGCACAAAAAUGUGGAUCAUUGUUUGUGUUACUUAAAGGCAUUAACAAACUGUUCCUCAAGAAGAAAAUAAAAGACUGUAAACAAGUAACGCAGUGCAAGUCACUGGAAAUAAAGCACAGCUAGAAACCCCCUCACUCUGUCAGGCUGGACUAAUGCUGUAUGAUAUGCUGCUAACACAGUAGCCAAGUUUAAAAAUGCGUACCUGUUUAGUCCUCAACAAGUGAAUGUGGCAGAUGUCUGUGAAAUUUGUGGUACACCUAACUGAAGUAAGCUUUGGUUGAGUGUACCCAUUAACUUCUCAAGCCUUAUGUAGAGGAGGCCUGUCUGAUGCAAAUCUCUUGCACACACAUACACAAGCGGUCACCCAUACUGCCCCAGGUUUACUAGAAAGAGGGAAAAAAAAAGGGAUUUGAGUGUGGCUUUGAGUUUGUGGAGACUGCGUAUGAUGUGGGUGUGUGUUGGAGAGAGUGGUGUAUCUACAUGAACGUGUCUACAGGUUUAGGGUCCACAUGGAGACUGAGAAGGUCGUUCCAUUUGACCUCCUGGAACACUGUGAUCGCAUUUACCUCAGUGGAUGUGAGGGAUCCUAACUAAACUCAACCUGCUAUGCUGUUCAGUACUGUUGCCCUCUGGCUAUAUAGUAGGCUAUCUUCUGUGGCAUGUAGCUCAUGCGAUUAAAGGACAUUGUGAGAUUAACCUAUUACUUACAUUCCGGUUUUAAGGUGCCAAGACUCACAUUAACUUGCAUUAUAACUCGCUAAUCGUCACCUUCACUGUUCCAUUUACCAAUCAGCAUGCUUUGGAGAAAGUCUGCUGUAAAUGAAAGGUAAAGAUGACUGAAAUUACAUUAAAUCCAUUAAUUCCAUUCCAAGCAUGUCUAUAGACUAGAGAUACUUCAUGUUGUCUUGCAAUCAGCUCAACCUUUCUAGUUUUGUUUAAUGGGAUAUGCACUACUUAAACAAGAAAACAAACAAAUCAAGUUUGUUUGGGAUUCUUGUUUCUCAGACUACAUGUAGGGGAAAUUAUGUUGCAUUUUGCCAAAGUGUUACCAUUCACAAAAAAUAAAACGUGUACAAACAC